CAAACUCCUCACCGCAUUCUCGCAGACAAGCAGAAACUCGGAAGGGACAUCAAAUCAGUACUUCGGCGAUGGCGCACAUCACGGCCCGGCGCACCGUAGCGUCACUCGUUACGCGAGCCCUCUCGUCUUCAUCUCCAACUUCUGUUUCCUCUUCUUCUCGCUUCGCUUUUGCUGUAUUCGACAAAAUCCCACUGCCCCACCUCCUCCCAAACCCGGUAAGAAUCCCCGUCCGACCCAAGACUUCCGGGUCUGGAUACUCGCCCCUCAACGACCCUUCUCCCAACUGGAGCAACCGGCCUCCCAAGGAGACGAUCCUUCUUGAUGGGUGCGACUACGAGCACUGGCUUAUCGUCCUGGAGUUCAACGACCCACAGCCCAAUGAAGAAGAGAUGAUAAACGCCUACGUCAAGACCCUAGCACAAGUAUUGGGCAGUGAGGAAGAGGCGAAGAAGAAAAUUUACUCGGUUUGUACGACUACUUAUACUGGGUUUGGUGCUCUGAUAUCAGAAGAGCUCUCUCACAAGGUGAAAGGAUUACCUGGUGUUCUCUGGGUUUUGCCAGAUUCAUAUCUUGAUGUCCCCAACAAAGAUUAUGGAGGGGACCUUUUCGUUGAUGGGAAAGUCAUCCAUAGGCCCCAGUAUUGGUACAACCAGAGUCAACCAGCUAGGAAUAGGCCUCGUCCACGGUAUGAUAGACGCCGAGAAACAAGGCCGGUUGAGUGGAGACAGCCAAUUCAAACACAGGACCAGAACCAAGACCAGAGACAGCCUCCACAGCAAUCAUCGUCAAUGGCUGGCCAAAAUUCUCCUCAUGGUGGAGCAAGCAAUUCCUCCGUGAACCAAGGAGGAUUUAAUCAGAAUAAUGUCUGAGAUCCAAUAUCUGUCAUAAGUUUGAACUUAGAAUGGGAAUGAAGGUUUGUUAAUCAAUUUUUAAUCUGAUUAACCUUGACUGGAUCUUUUGCGCUGCAUGUUUUUUUAGAAGCUAUGCAUAAUUCUCAUCAUAUUUAUGAAGAUUUGGAAAACUAUUUUUGAUGGUUCCUUCUGUUUGAAUGUUGUUGAUAAAUAAGUAAAAAGCUUGUUGAUAGAC